CUUCAUCCUCUCACUCACACAUACAACAUCUCGCGGCUCUCUUCUCUUCUCUCAUUCCCCAAACCUAUUCUUUGGGAUCUCAGGACGCGCCAUAUAAUCCUAGCAAUCCUCGAGUCCCACCAACACACCUCCCUUUGGACCUCCCUGUCCAUCUCCCACACAUCACAGUAUGGAUCACACACGAGACCCGUGCCCCUGGGUGGCAUUGAAUGACUUUGGCGGUGCUUUCUGUAUGGGUGCGAUAGGCGGCGCAGUAUGGCACGGUGUAAAAGGAUUCAGAAACAGUCCUCUCGGCGAGCGACGAAUAGGCGCCCUCACAGCAAUAAAGGCCCGCUCACCCGUCCUCGGUGGCAACUUCGGCGUCUGGGGCGGUCUCUUCAGCACAUUUGAUUGCGCCGUCAAAGGCUACCGCAAAAAGGAAGAUCCGUGGAACGCCAUCAUCGCCGGUGGCUUCACAGGCGGCGCACUCGCUGUGCGUGGCGGUCUCAAAGCAGUACGCAACGGUGCGAUCGGUUGCGCGAUUCUGCUCGCUGUGAUUGAGGGUGUGGGCAUCGGGUUUCAGCGCAUGAUGGCCGAGGGCACGAAACUGGAGGCCCCGCCACCACCGCCAGAGAGUGCGCGGGCGAUCGCGUGAAUCGAAGAUGGAAUCAGGAGGAGGAUGGGCGCGGUGAGGCUGGAGGAGAUGUUUGGGGGGCUGUGAAUGAGGGAUGAGAUGGAGCAGCCUGCCAAGUCCAUGGCAUAAUAGACGGCACAGGACAAGCAGUAUGAGGAAGAGGGCAUUUACAAAGGCGUUUGGUGUAGGAUGCUGCGUGAGCAAUUUCGAGCAAUUGCAGACAGCUAUGCUGCUCGGUUCUGCGCCCUAAGGACGACAGCCGUUCGCGAACAGGGCCUGGCAUACUCUACUCUCUCCACUGAACCUGUACAAUUUUGCGCAUAUCAGGGCUCCCAUGCGACGAUAGAUACUCUAACGUGGACCUUCUGUACAAUAUACCUUUACGGAUCAUGUUCUGAGCUUACUGGAUAAAAUGGUCAUAAUGCAUCA